AACACUUCUCGCGAGAUUAAGCGUCACCAAGCAGCACAGUUAUGUUCACGGCUUAUGCUCCUAACAACCGGUCGUAAAUUAAUUUAGUGUAUAGACGCUGUUUCUCAGUGACAAAUGACAUUGCGCGGAUUUGAGUAUGUAAGGCCAAAACAAUACAAUAUUGUUGCUAUCACUUGAGAAGUCUGGAUUACUUAAGAGAUAGAAUAUAGAUGCUGCCCGGUCGCUAGCAUGCUUCAAUUAGCUACAUGCUAAAGUUAGCGUCGUCCGGGACAACGUGAACAUCAUUUUACUGAAUAUUUAUCCCAGAUACAAGUUUCUCUUUACAGUUAGCUAACAAUGAAGUGUCACUAUGAAAUAUUGGGUGUGAAACGAGAUGCAGGAGACGAUGAUUUGAAGAAAUCGUAUCGUAAAUUAGCAUUGAAAUGGCAUCCAGAUAAAAACUUGGACAAUGCUGAGGAGGCGGCAGAGCAGUUCAAGCUGAUUCAGGCAGCUUAUGAUGUCCUGAGUGAUCCACAGGAGAGAGCUUGGUAUGACAAUCACAGGGAUGCUCUGUUGAAAGGAGGACUGAGUGGAGAUUAUGAAGAUGACAGCAUUGACCUGCUGCAGUACUUCACAGUCACCUGCUACUCUGGCUACGGAGACGACGAGAAGGGCUUUUACACAGUCUACAGGAAUCUCUUUGAGUCCAUUGUUAAGGAGGAGAUGGAGCAUGGCAGGAUGGAAGAUGAGGAAGAGGAGGAGGAGUUUCCUCCCUUUGGAGACUCUCAGAGUGACUAUGAUACCGUAGUGCACGUGUUUUACGGCUACUGGCAGAGCUUCUGCUCUCGUAAAAACUUUGCCUGGAAGGAGGAGUAUGAUACCAGGCAGGCCUCCAACCGCUGGGAGAAAAGGGCCAUGGAGAAGGAGAACAAGAAGACCAGAGAGAAGGCUCGAAAGGAGCGCAACGAGCUUGUGCGACAACUCGUGGCUUUUGUACGCAAGCGUGACCGACGUGUGCAGGCCCACAGGAAGCUGGUGGAGGAGCAGAAUGCUGAGAAGAUCAAAAAGGUGGAGGAGCUGAGGCGAAAGCAGAAGCUCAGUCAGGCCAAACUGGCAGAUGAGUACAAGGAGCAGAGCUGGGCGGCCAUGUCUGAACUUGAGAAGGAGCUGCAGCAGAUAGAGGCUCAGUACGGAGAGGAGUUUGGAGAUGCAUCAGAGAGUGAGGAGGAAGAGCUGAAUAUGGACGCACGGGAGAAGAACAGUGAAGAGGGAGGAGAUGCAGAGCAGCCUGAUGGAGACGAACUGUCAAUUGAUUAUUAUGAUGAUCUGUACUGCCCAGCCUGUGACAAAUCCUUCAAAUCAGAUAAAGCUAUGAAAAACCAUGAAAAAUCCAAAAAGCACCGGGAGAUGGUGGCGUUGCUGCGGCAACAGCUGGAGGAAGAUGAGGUUUCACUUGGUUUGAACCUGGACGGAAAGGAGGGAAGAGAGGAGGAAAAUGAGGAGGAGGAAGAGGAGGAGGAAGACAAGCCAAGGCAAAAGCUGUCCAAAAAGCAAAAGAGGAAAAAGAAACAGCAGAAAGUAGUACAUCAUAGUGCUCCGGAGGAGGAGGAUGAGAAACCAACGCUGACCACCUGCGAGGAAGAUGCCCCAGAGAAGUCACCGGAGCCUACAGAGCCUGAGAAGCAGGAUGAUCUCCCUCCCACAGAAGUCAAGAGCAGCUCUGGGAAGACAAAAGGAAAGAAGGUAGGAGGAAAAGACAAACCGAAGAAUGUCAAAUCACACACAGGAGGAGAACAGUUUUCUGAGAAGGAAGUAAACCUUUGCUGUGUGACCUGUAACAAUGAGUUCCCCACACGAAACAAGUUGUUUGACCAUCUGAAGACCAGCGGCCACGCUUCUGCUGUCUCCUCAAACGCUGCUCACAGUUCCAUGAGCAAGAGCAAAAAAGACAAGAAGAAGAACAGAUAACACAUCUUUCAUCUGGGCUGAUGAACCUGAAAGAGUUUGACUCAGCAGGGAUACAGGAAACGACAUUCUGAGAUGUCUCUUGGAAGAUAAACUAGAAAAAGCCUUUUGAAAGUGGACUUUAAUGGACUAGAUUGGCUGACGAAGAGCGGAUAGUUUUUUUUUAAAAUUACAUCAUGUUCGGUGAGACAGCUGUGUAUGUGUGAGACAUUGAGACUCCUUUUACCGUUAUGAGUCUUCCAGAUUGGAAUGAUUGAAACUUUGAGCAGGUUUUGUGUACUGAUAAACCAGUGGAGAAGAUACAGAAUGUGCACAUGAUGCACCUUUAUCCCUAUUAACAGAUCCUUUACUGUUUUGGGAAUCAUCUCUCUUGGUUUAUCAUGAAAUGCUCAGUAGUGGCAUUACUGCAUCAUAAAAAUAAGAGACUGCAUGUUGGUAUUUAUUCAACAACUCUGGAAUGAUUUACAUUUAUGCCUCAGGUAACAAUGUUUAACAAUAAACAACUGUUGGAUAUGUCUGUACAAAA